UGGGCUCUGCUACGGUGCAGGGUAGUGGCUAGUGUCGCGGGAAUGAUUAGCAUUUUACCAACGCAUCGUGUUCACAAGCCAAGAGCCUUCUGAUUCGAUGAUAAAAUAAACACAUUUAAUUUAACCCUUCUUUGUACACAUUUUGUGUACCACCACAGCUGAAGGUAAAAUCCAUCAUAUCUCUGAUUCUCUUUUAUUAACCUUUUGGAUGAUGAUGUGUUGAGAUUCCUGAGGAAAAGAAAAGAGAUUCUGACUGUCUGAGGUGUUCUGGAGUUCUCUGAGAAUUCUAGAAUUCCAGACUAGAUUCUAGAAUGGUUCUGCAGAAAGACAGUAGUUACUGAUAUGAAACAUCUGUUCACUCGAAUACAAUAACUUCUCUUGGUUUGAUCUGGGCGUAUUUUAUGAUUGGCAUAGUUUAAAGACUGUUUCAAGAUUGGUUAUAUUUCUUCAGUUACAGUAGAGGUCUUAGACAGUGUUUGUCUGAAGUUAGUUGUAAGAUUCUUUUAGUGAGAUGGAUGUUUGAGCCGUUGCUUGGAGAAUAUAUCUUGGCUGGUCUGUCGUGUGUAGCCGUGUCCGUUUGUCCGUCUGUCUGAAGGUCAGGUUGCGCGGUCAGUCAGUAUUAAUACUUGUUUGAAUGGAUCACAUGUCUCCGUUAAUCGUUUCGCUAUUGGCUAUCAGAUCGUUACGUGGCGUGACAUUAUGCCCGUGUUAGGCCAUCGCCCCAAGGUUCUUAAAGCGCAGGCCAGGGAUUGGCUGAGUCUUGUUUGCCGUUGCUGUGACCCAGCUCCAGCUCCAUGGCCAGGCUACACCUGACGGUGGUGGUUUAAGGACCCAGUGCUGCCGUCGCUGCCGGCGGAGACUGACCUGGAAUCGAAAAUGAACUGGGGGUCCUUUUACGCCGUAAUCAGCGGCGUAAACAGGCAUUCCACCGGCAUCGGCCGCAUCUGGCUGUCUGUCAUCUUCAUCUUCAGAAUCCUGGUCCUCGUGGUGGCGGCCGAGUCGGUCUGGGGCGACGAGAAGUCUGGCUUCACCUGCAACACCCAGCAGCCCGGCUGCAACUCUGUCUGCUAUGACCAGUUCUUUCCCAUCUCACACAUCCGCCUGUGGGCCUUGCAGCUCAUCCUGGUGUCCACGCCUGCUCUCCUAGUGGCCAUGCAUGUAGCCCAUCGCAGACACAUCAACAAGAAGCUCCUGAAGAAAUCCGGGCGCACUUCCCCUAAGGAGUUGGAACAAAUCAAGUAUCAGAAGUUUGCGAUCGCAGGCGCCCUUUGGUGGACCUAUAUGAUCAGUGUGCUGUUUAGGAUCGUUCUGGAAGUCGGCUUCCUUUAUAUAUUCUACUUGAUCUACCCUGACUUCAAAAUGUUCCGUCUGGUCAAGUGUGACUCGUACCCCUGCCCCAACACUGUGGACUGCUUCGUGUCGCGACCCACGGAGAAAACCAUCUUCACCGUGUUCAUGCUCUCCGUGUCGGGGGUGUGUGUUCUCCUUAACCUGGCCGAGGUGGCCUACCUGAUUGGCAGAGCCUGUCUGAGGUGUAUCCAUGGUAACCAGGACAAGAAUAAGGUAGCAGGGAUUGGUCAGAAACUGUCCUCCUACAAACAGAAUGAAAUCAACCAGAUGAUCGCUGACCAGUCGAAGUUCAAGUUCAACGUGGGAGCUAGGAAGACCUCUAUGGAGAAGGGAGAGAGGUGUUCUGCUUUCUGAUAGGCUGCCCUGGAAGGGAGAGAGGUGCUCUGCUUUCUAAUAGGUUGCCCUGGAAGGGAGAGAGGUGUUCUGAUUUGCUGCCUAUGGAGAUGGGAAAGCAGGGCUCUGCUUUCUGAUACGCUGUCUAGUCCUAGUUCCCACAAAUGUUCACUGCUUCAAACUAAAGAACUGUAACCAGCUUGUAACCAUACUGGAUAGAAAUCCUCAAUAGCUCCAUCUAGUAAUAACAUCAAUCAUUCACUCAUUUAUUUCUUCAUCUAUUUAUUCUAGUGGCUGGUGCUUGGUUCCCAACAUUCCUAACGGUGGUAGGAUAUAGAGAAGAACAAACAAGCCCAGACAAACUCAACGCUGGAUCGGAGAGAGAACUUUGUUUCAUCGUGAUCGACACAGUCACUGUUUUGUCUCACAACCUUGGGGCAGGAACUAGUGGAUAAAGGAACAUUUGUUUCAGCACAUGACUUGACAAACCCAUUGUAUUGGAACUCACUGAGUCUCCUACAGCAGGGAGACUACUCCUACAAUACGGAGACUACUCCUACAGCGUGGAGACUACUCCUACAGCAGGGAGACUACUCCUACAGCACAGACUACUCCUAUAGACUAUUCCUACAGCACAGAGACUACUCUUACAGACUACUCCUACAGCAUGGAGACUACUCCUACAGCAGGGAGACUACCCCUAUAGACUACUCCUACAGCGGAGGGACUACUCCUACAGCGGAGAGACUACAGCACGGAGACUACUCCUACAGACUACUCCUACAGCAGGGAGACUAAUCCUACGUCACGGAGACUACUCCUACAGCAGAGAGACUACUCCGACGGCACGGAGACUACUCCUACAGACUACUCCUACAGUAGGGAGACUACUCCUACAGAAUGGAGACUACUCCUACAGACUACUCCUACAGUAGGGAGACUACUCCUACAGAAUGGAGACUACUCCUACAGACUACUCCUACAG